GGUCACGUGGGGCGGGGGCGCGGAAAAUGGCGGCUUCGGGAGUCAGCGGGGCCUCCGGCGGCGGAGGAGGAGGCGGGACGGAGGAGGCUUUCAUGACCUUCUACUCGGAGGUGAAGCAAAUAGAGAAGAGGGAUUCAGUUUUAACAUCAAAAAAUCAAAUCGAGAGAUUGACCCGGCCUGGAUCGUCGUAUUUUAACUUGAAUCCAUUUGAGGUGCUCCAGAUGGAUCCCGAAGUCACAGACGAAGAAAUCAAGAAGCGGUUCCGGCAGCUGUCCAUAUUAGUCCAUCCCGACAAAAAUCAAGAUGACGUGGAAAGAGCCCAGAAGGCUUUUGAAGCUGUAGACAAAGCAUACAAGCUGCUACUGGAUCAGGAGCAAAAGAAGAGGGCCUUGGACGUGAUACAGGCCGGAAAGGAGUACGUGGAGCACACGGUAAAAGAGCGGAAGAAACAGCUCAAGAAGGAAGGGAAACCCACAAACGUGGAAGAAGACGACCCCGAAUUGUUCAAGCAAGCCGUGUACAAGCAGACAAUGAAGCUCUUUGCCGAGUUGGAAAUCAAAAGGAAAGAGAGGGAAGCUAAAGAAAUGCAUGAAAGGAAGCGGCAGAGAGAAGAAGAGAUUGAAGCACAAGAAAAGGCAAAGAGGGAACGGGAAUGGCAGAAAAACUUUGAGGAAAGUCGAGAUGGCCGUGUGGACAGCUGGCGGAACUUCCAGGCAAACACAAAGGGGAAGAAAGAGAAGAAAAAUCGGACCUUCCUGAGGCCCCCCAAAGUAAAAAUGGAGCAGCGCGAGUGAGGCCUGCCCGCCCUCCCCGAGGGUGCGGCGGUGGCGGCGAUGGCAGCGGUGGUGGCGGCGGCGGCGGUCCCUUCCAGACCCUCUCCCGCUUUUAAGGACUCAUCCCCACGUAGAGUAGAGUAGCAUUUGCUUUUUAGUCAGAUGGUUGUUUUGAAAACAAUUGAACAUUGAGCGGAGGCUCCUUUUGUACAUUUCUCCGAGGGGCUUGGCUGGAUGGAGCGCCCUGACCCCCCACCACCCCGAGUGACCGGCUGUGACUGAGGCCACCGCUGUCUGCUGUCGUGCGCAGCCUGUAAUUUAAUGUUUUGUACUUCCACUGAGCUGUGAUGUUUUUGACUUCAUGUAUAGUUUGGGAAAUCAUCCAAUUAAACCGUUGCUUAAAACGGGUUCCUGUGACUUAGAAGCCGCGUCGGGCUCAGGGCCCCCGCACCCGCUUUGGGCCAGGAUCGGCUCCAGGGCGAGCCUCUAGUUCGCUGAGGCGGAGCGCGGCCAUGGGGGGCUUCCAGGUAAAACGUGGAGCAGUGGCUCGAGUUCCCAAGCCAGUCCCGGGACUGAAACCAAACCCAAGACCGGAGACUCGCCGUCGGGUGUCCUCCAUGCCAGUUAAACUCCGAGCCGGUUGUCCGUGCAGGGCAUUUCCGGCCCCAUUGAUUUACAGCGGUCAGCAGCAAUGUUCUGUACCUGAAAUAAACUUGAUACCCAAA